AUGGCAAGUUUAAGAAUGAAAGAUUUAGAACAAUAUCUUCAACAAUUAGAUAUAUUUGAAAAGCCAAAAGUUAUGCUUGAACAGUAUCCAACAUCAGCACAUAUUGCUUCACAUUUAUUAUACACAGCACAAUCACAAUUUAAUGAUAUUGAAAAUUGUUCAAUUGCUGAUUUAGGUGCUGGAUGUGGUGUAUUAUCACUUGGUGCAAAAAUGUUAAAUGCAAGUUAUGUUGUUGCUUUUGAAAUUGAUCCUGAUGCUGUUGAUAUAUUAAAAACAAAUUGUGAUGAUAUUGAAUUAUUUGUUGAUAUUGUACAAUGUGAUAUUCUACAAACUUUACCAGAUAAAUUUGAAAAAAUGUUUGACACUGUUAUUAUGAAUCCACCAUUUGGUACAAAAAAAAAUGCUGGUAUUGAUAUUAAAUUUCUUGAAAUAGCAACAAAAUUAGCUAAAAAAACAGUAUAUAGUCUUCAUAAAACAUCAACAAGAAAUUAUGUAUUAAAAAAAGCUCAAGAAUUUGGUUUUAAUGGUAAAGUUAUUGCUGAAUUACGUUAUGAUCUUCCCCAAGUUUAUAAAUUUCAUAAAAAAUCAUCAGUUGAUAUUCAAGUUGAUUUUAUAAGAUUUUCAUUUGAUAAUUAA